AUGACAGAUAAAAGAAUAGACAAAUAUAUUUUUAAUGUGAAAGAUAGAAUUGGAUAGGGAUCUUAUGCUGAAGUUUUUAAAGGAACAAAUGAAAAAACUGGAGAAAAAGUAGCUAUCAAAAUGUUAAGCAAAUCUGUAAUCAAUGCAGAUGAUUAUCUCAGGGAGGGAUUGAUUUAAGAAAUUAAAAUUAUGCAGAAAUUAAAAAGUCCCAAUAUCGUCUAGUUGUUAGAUGUCAUGGAAACCAACAAUAAUUAUUAUAUUGUUUAAGAAUACUGUGAUGGAGGAGAUUUCGAUGAACUUCUCAAAAAAAGAAAGUUACUCCCAGAAAAAGAAGCGAUCAAAUUCCUAGUUGAUGUACUUAAUGGAUUUACUCAACUUAUAAAAAAUGGUAUAAUUCAUAGAGAUCUCAAACCAGCGAAUAUUUUGAUAGACAAACAGACUUACAAACUAGCAGAUUUUGGAUUUGCAAAAUGUGUUGAUAAUUUUAAAAAAACAAUGAUGGCUUCAAUGGUUGGUACUCCAUUAUACAUGAGUCCUCAGAUCUUGGAUCACAAGAGAUACAAUUCAAAAACUGAUGUAUGGAGUAUAGGUUUUAUUUUCUACGAGGCAUUAUUUGGCAAAACUCCAUGGACAGCCAGAUCUCCAGCAGAAUUGCUCAAAAAUAUUAGGACCUAACCAUUGAAAUUUCCAACCGAUAAAAAUUAAGUCUCAUAAGAAACCCAAGAUUUGAUCAUUGGUUGUCUCCAGGCUGACGAAAAUAAAAGAUUAUCUUGGGAAGAAAUAUACAAACAUCCAGCCAUUAGUCAAUAUUUUUCUGUAAUUAAUGACCUUUCCUCUUUUUAGGAUUUUAUCAAGGGAAAUAAUAAGUUGGAAGACAAGGCUCAAUAUUUAAUUAAUGAUAUCAGACAGAUGAUAUGCAAAGAGAAAAUUGACAUUCAUAAAUUGUUUGCAGAUUUAGACAUGUCAAAAGAUAAGGCUUUAGAUGUCAAUGAAUUGGGGAAAUUUCUAUAGAAAGUAGAUAAAGAUAUAACAAGAGAAGAAAUUGAAUAUAUAUUUAAUAAAUUUGAUGACGAUGGGAAUAAUUAGAUUGAAUUUGAGGAAUUUAAAAAGUGGUUGGAAGACAAUCAAAUUGUUACUAAUGCUAAUCCAUAAUAAUAAUAAAGAGGAGGUGGAUCACAUAAAAAACUGUCUAUUCUGCCACAUUAAUUAAAGUCUCAGAGUUCCAUUGAAGAGAGAGCUAAUUAUGUUAUAGAGAAAUUAAAACUAUCAAUCUAAAAAUAUAAAAUCAAUUUGUUGGAUUUAUUUAAAAAAUUUGACAAAUCAGCUGAUUAAAGAUUAGAUAAAAGCGAAAUGGGACAAUUGUUAAAGAGAAUUGAACCAAAUAUUUCUUAGGAAGAAAUACAAGCCUGCUUUGAAUUUUUUGAUGCUAACGGUGAUGGCGAAAUCACAUUCUAAGAAUUUUAAACAAGUUUAAGUGAAGAAGUCGGGAAGAAGAGAUAAAGUAUAGACCACCAUGAAUGAAAUAUUUGCAUUAUCAUAUAGUAAUUAUUAAAA